AAAAAGAGCUGUCCGGCCAAAAAUCGAUGAAGCUAAAAAUACGAUUUUCAAGCUCGGUUGCCUACAAAGACGACGAUAAGAGACCAUGGAACCCAAUACCACGCCUCAGACCGUGGCUGAUCUUCAGAAAAAAGUCGAGCAACUAGCCCUCGAGAAAAAUCAGUACUUGAACGAACUAAGCAAUGGAGAAAUUUUAAAAAUGCAACUCAAAGAAACGCGGAAAGAUGCCAAACACUUAUCAAAACAAAAGCAUCGACUACGAGCAAUGGCGGAUAUUGAAGUGUCGAGGGAGGAGGUAAUAUAAUGCGUAUAUUUUUGAGUCUUAAUUUAAGCCUAUAUAACUUAGAUUAAGACCCCUUUUCUCAAUUUGGGCAAAAGGUAAAACCUAAAACCAGAUUUCUAGAUUUUUCAGAGACAGCAUGGUAUUCUCUCCGCAAGAUUAGUCAACCGUGAAUGAAUAAUGGCUACUACUCUGGUCACUCGUCAUUCAUGCGCAAACAAGAAAGAGGGACUUUUACAUUUUUUUUUCUUUUUUGGUACGGUUCCUGUAUUUUGGUCACAAAAGUUCCCAUCAAAUUUGAAAUGAACGCCGUUUAGAGUGCUCUUAACUGGCUGGGAAAUCAGUCUUCCCUAUCCAGUUUUUAGUGUAGGCGUACUUUUGUAAAUGAUAUUAAGUCCAUUCAGGUAUCGACAAUUCAAACUUCUUUGUUUUACAAUCCCACGCCGCCUAUAAGAUCGAUUCCUAAGUGCUGAGGUAACAGACAUUUUCAGUAUACUUUUCUGUCAUGUGAGCAACGUUUUUGUCACAUCAUGGCUGAAAAUAUAUUAAACGGGAAAAAAUGGGGUCCUCCCUUCCAGCGUAGGAGGUCUAGCUUGUAUAAAAUUGCCAUCACCCUGACUUUAGCUUGCAAAACUGACCGGAUCUUGUCUCGGCAAUGCAACAAGAUAAUUUCCCCAGUUUUGUCCAUAAGUCAGUAGAAGAGCUUAGAAGCCGGGGAUAGAUUUUGUUUAUUAACCCCCAUGCAAAGGUUCGGUCCGUUCUGACAAGCAACCGAUCGGAGGUAAGUCCUUGUUCUUCUUGAAUCUUCAUUCCCGAAGGACGUCCAGAAAUCGUUGUUUCCGCCAAGAGCGAUAAGCAACAUACUUAAACUUGACUUUCGUAACCAUAGCUCCGUGCGUUGAAACAUUCAUACAUACGUCGCUAUCAAGAAUUCACCGGUCGCCCACGCACUCCGUCUUCGGUCGCAAGGAGAGCUAAUACUCCGUUUAGUCAGUUGAGAUCGUCAAAGGCCGUAAUCUGUUUAAAAUCCACACAACAGUUUCUUGUCUUCAAUUCGCGCAUUUUUGUGGCUACCACCCUCUGAAAGUCUUUGAAAGUGUAAUAAUCGUUUGUUUAAUUUUAUUUAGCAAUGAUUCUCGUAUGAAUUCAUCUUGAGUUGGCCAAAAGAGCUUAAUUUUUUAAAACAAGUGCCAAGUGAGGGGGGGAAAUGGUUGAUUCGGAGUUGAAAAUAAACGGUAUAAAACAGUAAGAAAGUUUGUUGCAAUGACGUUCCUAAAAUGAUUAUUUUUAACAACUGAAUGCGUUCAAAGGUUCAUUUUCAAGUCAAAUUCUAUUCUCAGAGAGUCAUCUAAUGUCGCUCCCACUUGGCACAGUGCCGUUGUUUAGUUUACAAUGUUUUCUAAUGUGACCGGGUUUUUCCCAUCUAUCACCUCAGAAGGAAAUCGGAAGUUUGCAUUUUUUACCUAUUGUUCUAGUCACGAUCUUCCGCCUAGAGCCCGCCGCCUAGUGGUCGCUGGGUAAAGUCCCUGUGGCCCGCCAUAGGAAAUGUAGCCUGCGUAGCAAGCGUUUCCGUGCUUUUUGGUUCUCGUUUCAUUUCUCGCGCGGCCAAAACCGAGAAUCUCGUUCCUCGAUCUUUCUUUGCUCCGAAACAGAAAAACGGAAACGCUUGCUACGCAGGCUAUGGGAAAUGUGAUUUCAAUGGACUGAAAUUUCCUGACAAAAGAAAAGAGAAACUCGAACGUUACUGGUUACGGCAAGUUUACUGAUUAAAACUUUCAUACUUUCAUGGACUCAUUUCGUUCACCGCAUUAUUUCUGUGGCAAAACCUUCAUGUCGCCAGAAGAGAAUCCCACUUCGUAACAGCCCGUCGACCAAGACGUACAGCGACAGUACCGGCUGUACCCGCCCAAUGGCUUGGUAGCAGUGGUCGACCAUAACACGGAAGUAACGAAAAUAGCCAGCUCUUCAACCUUUGUUCAACCUAUAUUAUUGUUGCUCAUGCACACAGAUUGGAUAAAAGCGCAAAACAGAGCAUUUUAUUGUUUGGAGGUAAAACGUUUGACGGCAGCUAAAUUUCACUUACUAGAUGUGAAAAAUAAGCUUCCCAAACAUUGAAAUUACCCUUGAGAUUUUCCGCGCAUUUUUAUAAGCCAGACUGCCGGUCCGGACACUGUUUUUUCAACUGGCUUUUCAGUGACAAACACAUGCACACCUUUUAAGCUGCAUUUCCGCAUACGUCGAGUCUGGUUUUACAUGCAGUUGGUAAUAUAGUAUGGAAAUUUAGUACAAUGAGAAUUUAAUACCCUUGAAGAUAUAAAUUUAGAGGUAAAUAAGCUUUUUUGGUUACUUCCGCGUUCUUUGUCGACAUCUACUUUGUUUACGGCUAUUUGUUUCGUUGGCUAUUCAUCGUAGUAUUUCAGGUCUCGGCUGUUUCUCUUCGUCUCUUCAGUGGGUCGGACUCGUUGUUAGUUUAUUUUUGGCAGACGCUUUUCUUCUUGACUUCUGUGCAACUCAAUCCUGAAUGAGGAGAAGUGACGCGGCUCCCUCAUUCUAUGUGGUUUAUAAUGUUGUCCUCACCCGGUUUUGAAGCUUUCUCCCUUGUUAGUGUCACCUGAUAUAUUGGAGGGUCCCCAACGGAGUAGCCCGCUCUAUCGACUGGGAUCAACAUUUGACAACCAGCAUCGUAGAUUCUCGUAACCCCUUAUCCAACUCAUAACUACAAUCCCAAACCUCCCUCUCUUUAACUCAAUUAUCCCAAAUCCUGACAAUCAAAUAACCCAAAACCUGGAUCCUGGAAUAGCUUUUGGAACCAUGAACGUAAUGUGGAAAAUGUUUGCCCGCAUGUACCACCCCUUGAUCUCCAGAUUCAACAUGACGGAGUUAAGCCGAUUUCCUCAAGUUCUUUGGCGCCAAACAUUUGUCAACCAGUUGGUCUGGUCGUUUAGCUCAUCCCACAGGGACCCCAAGCUGGCUUACAGAAACUGAAACGAAAUGCAAGCGCAAGAUGUUCACUGGUGCGAGUGUACGGUACAAAGCCAUGUCUACUACCUUCCAGAGGAAUGGUUUUGAGUAUGGUUUUUACCUAUUCAAUCUUGAAUCUGGAAAUGGCUCAAAGGGAGCCGUAAAAAUCUUAAUCCUUUGUCUCUUUUCAUCUGCAAAUGAAAGAUAGAAUAUUAAUCCAAGAAGCAAAACUCGAUUCACCUCUUGCGGUCUCUUUCUCAGACACAGCCUUUAGAAGGUGAAGUUUAAAUGUUCAAGUUUGAAGAUAAAGUCAGAAAAUGGUUUAUUUUGGUCACAAGUUGGAUCUGUCGGUUACUAAAUAGGGUCUGUCCAUAGGGCGGUAGAGUACCAGUCAAUUAUGAUGAUGCUCUAGGACUUCCGGUAGCGCAUUGAAACAACAGCUUCCGCCCAUGAUGACGAGGAGGACGACGACGACGACGGCGUCUAGCGUCUGUAUUUAGGCGGCCAUACCCACCCCUACAAUUCCAUAAGUACCUUUUACGGUCUGUUACUUUUAAUGAAAAAAAAUACUUGAAGUAAAACAAAGCUUUUUAGAUUCCGUAUGUUUUCCAGUGAAAACUUUUGUGGUGUUUUACCUAUUCCAUUAAAGGUGCUUGCGUUUCUCUUCUCUUGAAUAAUCAUAUUGAAAGACUUUGAUAACUUCUUAGAUUCUUUUUGGGCACAGUUCUUGGCUUCUUCAUGGGUGACUGAGUUUUGCAGCUAGAAAUAAACUCAGCUGCUUAUCGCACGCAUCGUAUAUUACCGGUGUUAUUUUGUGCUAGAAGCGUCGACUGAACGCGACUUGUUACUUCAUUUAUAUCUACCAAAGCUAUCUUAGUAAGUUUGAGUGAGAUGCCUAUCUUGUGAAUAAGGUCGCGCUAUGAAAUUCAUCUGUACAGCCCUGCUUUAUUUGAGAUUGUACUGUUUUUUUUUUUCUUUAAAUGCAGCUUUCUAAUAAAUAAAAUGCCACUUGUCAUAAUUCUGUUUCACCAGUAAGCGUCGCCAACAUUUUAGCUCUUGUAACAUAUAUUUGUAAAUUCUGAUCAUAUGAUGUUCAAUGUCAGUUUCUAUACUUAUUUUCUGUUUCCAGACUUGAAGCUAUCUAUGAAACUUGUCAAAUUCCUGUUUCGGGCAAUGUUGUCAGAUGGGGACGCUUCUAAUACCCCUGUUUUAAUCAUUUCCUGUAUAGUACAGUGCUUGUGUCGUCCAAUUAACAUCAGUGAACUGCACGCGGGUAUAUGUACACUAUCGAGUUACUGUAUUUGCAUUUUAAAAAAAUGCUGGAGUAUCGAACUUACAGAAAUUUCGUUUUCAGUCCUGUUUAGAAAAUCUUUGUUAUUCAUGUAAAACGCCACCUAAAUCACAAGACGAAUUUUUUGUUACCAGCACUCUCCACCCUGUUUAAUACUGAAUCUCUUCCGAUACCAAAGCUUAGGAGAAAAUGUGGUUUCUGAAUGUAAAAUUGGCAGUAGAAAUAAUAAAAUACAAACUCUGUCCUUAUAUGGUACUCAAUCUUAAGGUCUAAUAUGAUUGGCUCCUUAAACAAUACUCUCGUACAGUUGUUUAAUCGUGUUUAAGAAUAUCGAAAGUGUCACUUCCGCCCCAGCGGUUUCUUAUGCUAAAAAAAAUCCCCAAGUUUGGUUAAGAGUUCUAUAAUUACUCGGGGGUUUAUCUUAUUUUCAAACAAAUGGAAAUUCUAAAUUUGGUAGAAUGAUAAGACGUUAAAUCGUAUCCUUUCCGAAUGGGUAUUUAAUCGCUUCAGGUAAGUUUGCAGCGAUGAACAUUUUUAUCUUACAUAAAGGGCACAUUGGGCUCUCGUGUGACAUGGACAUCUAGGUAACUGUGUUCCAUAUUUUAUUGUUAGUUCCGGUUCGAUUUAGUUUUAACUUUGCAAUGUUUUUAGCAACCACCUUCUUACAUUAUAGCAACGUUGUGUUUUUAAAAGACCCGCGGCCUUAGAAAUCAUUAUCCGUAACAUGUAACCAGUUUCCGUGUGAAUGUGACCUUAAGGAAAUCGGGGAAUUAGACAAGCUGCUUAAUAUCUGAAAGUGAUUUCAGUUGUAUCCGAAUCACGCUGCUGAUUUAGAAACUUUCAAGGAUUAGACACAAAGUUCACAUCUGAAGACAGAGUCAAACUUGCUUGUUUUGUGACCGCUUGUAAGGAAUCAUCACGUAGAAAGCUGGCCUUCACAGUGUAGUGAGUGUAAUUGAGGUUUAUAUGAUUUGAUACUGUUUUAAACCAGAAUUAGCUAAAGCUUAACUUGUCUUUUACUUCUCUCCCUGCCUAUUAUCAAUGUUUGUCCUUCAGAUGCGACUUCUUUCCUUAAUUUAACCUCCGUUUUGUUCGGCUUAAGCGUUAUGACUUUCUGGUUACUUUCUUGUUACUGUCUUGCAAAGUAGGCGAGAAAACGGGUGAUUUAAUUUCGACUGGUGUAAGUGGUAAUUAAUAUUAUCUGGAUAUUGGACUAACUUGAAAACUCACUUACUAUCAUUCGAAUAUAAUAUUUAUAUCUGGAAAGAGUCUCCAAGUCCUGUCAUUUCUGUAUAACCACUCAUUUUACCAGGUCAGCUUGUUUUAUUCGAUCUUGCAACGUGUUCUUCUCUCGUAUGGCCCGUUCUGUUGCGCUGUUUUGACGUUCAACCCUCUCCUUGCGAACGACUCCCUUAAUCAGGCACUUAAGUCGUUCCCUGUCGCCGUUCUUCAGUCUUUUAUUUUCUUUCUUUGUGAGAUGGAAGAUGGACAUCACAUAAACACGUCUACGGUUAUCUUAGCGAGAGAAAGCGAGAUGAGUGUAGUCAGUCUUCCAUGGAUUAAAACACAUGCAAGAACUAUACAGAUUCGAUUACCAAAAAUAAAAGAGGAGCAACUGCUGAAAGGGGUCACUUAAUAACUUGAGACAAAACAAAAACAAAAAAAUGUGCUUCAAAAUUUAUUUUACAUCCUUCGGGAGUUUGUACAGGUAAUUCAAAUUUUGUUGUGCCGUAAUUAUAUUACAUACUUUUUAUACGUAUUGAAAUAGUUUUCAUAUUUCGCCAUGUCUAACAAAUAUCUAACACGCAUUCCUGCGCAGCUGAAAGGCUUCUUAAAGCGGGCAGGUCAUUAUUUUUAGCUUUAUAUGGAUACCUGUGGUCAUUUCAAUCUAUCUAUUUAUAAUAGUUACAAAAAUUCCCAUAAGAAUUUCAUUCCUUCUGAGUUAAUAUCAGUUUGGUCUCCUGAGAAUCUAAUUAAACGGAAGUGCGAGUUAAAAGGAGCUUUUAAAAACUUGUGAUCUUCUCAGUUCCUCGGGAAAUUGAUGGGAAUUAAAUAUACUCUCACAGUCACGCUUGGCUUCAACUUCCCAAGCUGUUUCAUUGACACUGACCAUCAUUUCAAAUAGUUUAUUUGUCCUCAGUAACUUUUGAGUCCAUGUAACAGGUCGAGAUCCUACUGUUUAACCUUUAAAUAAGAAGUACUUUUACACCGCAUUUAACAAUCUUGUACGAAGUCGUAAGUUUUGGGUCUGUGGACAAAGUCCUUUGUUACGCUGUUACUAUUUAAAUGAACCUCUUUAGCAGUACUUCGGUAUGAAAUCAUUGGUUUUCAGUUUUCUGUAUUUUACAAAAUGUCAGUUUUUUUAGUUUCUAUUUGGCCGCAUUAAGCCGCAGUUCCUUUAACUUUUCCGUAUUGACUGGCCAAUAUACCUGUUUAUUAUGCUGUUAUUGAUAGAGUCCAUCUUUUUCAGACUUUAGGACAGUCUCAAGAAAACAGCUCUUCUCAACCAGAGAAACAACUUCCUUCAGAAUUAAACCUUUCAACAUCAAACGAAGCAUUCCCAGAACUGUUACCUCCAGGAGCCUUCAACUCUACCCCAUCCAAAGAAGAGAGUCCUUCCUUACAUUCCCAAGAAAGUUUUCCUCCACCUCCUCCACACGGGUUUUCGAUGAAUGGUGAAAUUUCCCCGACAUUGCCGACUGCUCCAUUUGCAAAUGUACCAAGGGAGCCCAACUGGGGAAUACUGGACGCUAACGCCAUGCGAAUUGAAAACCGUGAUUUGGUGAGAAUUAAGAGAAAACAAGAAGAGCAGAUUCAGAACCUCGUGCAAGAAGUUGCUACAUUGGAAACAAGAUGUAAAGAACUCGAGGGUAUUGCACAACGGUAAGGCACCAUUACUAAAUGUCCAUAACAUCUUUCUCGUUCUUUUGAGGCGGCCUUUUUAGUCUGACAAGCUUACGGGCCUAGGUUUUACCCUUUUAUCAGUAAACAUCGACAUCUUUUUAAAUGGAACGGUGAUGAGUCCAGGUCUUAGCCUGCGAGCAAAUCCUUUACUUUGGGCGAUAUUGUGAGAAGUCACGCUCGAGAAGCACGCGAAAGGAGACGUAGGAACGAGAUGGGAGUAUGGAGAGCUUACUCGCGGUAGACUAUCGAGAAUCUCGAAAAGUGGGCCAGCCCGGUUGACCGGACUCUUGGAUACAGUCUCGUACUUCCAUCUCUUCUUUGAACUAUAAGUGAUAUUUAACAAGUGUUGUACUACUUUGGACGUGCCUUAACAACUGACUUCUUGUUCGGUUUUUAGCCUUGAAGCCGAGAAUCAUCGCCUCUCGCAGCAGUUGAGUACAGCACAUGUCGGUCAAGCGCGUGAUUACAACGGACCGUAUGAGGAAAUUCAACUUCUGAGAGCACAGGUACAAAAUAGCUCCCCAUAUACGUAUACUAACGAUUCUGUGAUACCCUGAUAUAAAGUGUCAGUGGAAUGGGAAAAUGGUUUCUUUAUAAUGGGGAUACAUUGUAUCGGCGCUACUCCUGUCAGUAAGGGACGUUGAUAGUUCGUUUCGCGAAGAUCUUAGCUGUGAAUGAACUGGGUAUAUUGUAGUUCUACUAUAUUAAAUUGAAUUUUAUUCACCCGGUUGGUCUACAAGACGUUCUAGAGCUUUUUGACAAGAAUGUGAGUUAGAUUGUAGUUCCCUUUUGUGCGAAUGACUUACCACUAACUUCUUUUUACAGUUAAAAGUUUAUGAAGAUGAUUUCAAGAAGGAAAGAUCCGAGAGGGAAAACUUAAACACGCAGAAAGAACGCUACAAGAGAGAAUUACGAGAAUCUCAAGCAACUGUUGCUGGUCUGCAAAGGCAGCUUAAACAGGUAAAUACUGCAGCGAGGACUAAUGCAAGUUUACCGAUAUUUUUCUUUUCCCGUUUUAGUUACCAGAAAAAAAUCAUUUCUAUCGACUCUUCCCAAUUUCAGGCUCUCGCAGGAGAGGGUGGCUAUGCCGAACCACGUGAUCUCCCACGUGGACCAAUCGUCAACGAGCGUUACUAUGAUCCCUACACGGUGAGGCUCCCACUGGAUUAUGGGAUGACACGCACCUACUCUGGAGAUUACAUUGGUCCGGGUGCUACUAGGGUGAGUAGAUCUUAACACAUUACUAUUCUUUUUAAGAGAAAGUAAACAACAGAAUAUCACACUGGGUGCAAAGUUUAAAAUCUCAUUCAAGUCAUCAACUUUUCUUUUAGGAUCUACUUCGACGUGGAGGAGCACCUUAUGUAAAGAAGGCGUUCUUGUCACCAGAUAUGACAGCUGUUGUCGAUGAUUAUGACACAACUGAUGGAAAGCCGCGCGCGCCAAAGAGCAUCUAAAGAGUGGACAACACGUUGAUUUUUGAGUUGUAUCCAGGGUUUCUUUUCUGCCAUUAUACCAUAAUGGCUCUCGCCAAUCACUGGCAUGUACUCUGUCAUUUGAGCAAGAAAUUGAUUUUACCAUCGAGUACACAUAUUGAUAAAGGAGGGCGGUUUGUUGAAAAGGUCUCGUGCGACUGGCGUGUAAUACUGAAUUACCGAGGAAAGAGUGUAAAUCGGCAGUGAUUGAAAUAUUUCAGUAGACAUUUUGUGAUAACUUUAAACUACCUAAACUCCUAAAGUUUAAAAAUUGCCCUAUUAUUUUUAUCGCUAUACCUAACGUUGGAAAAUUCGUUUGUGCUUAGACAAACUUUCAAGGGGAGUUAUUAAUCGAAACUAUUUUCUGUAGCUUCAAAAAUUAUAUACCGCACGACCAUCGGGUGCUUCUUUUUCAUUUAAGUCAAUGAAGUAGUAAUGCGACAAAAAAAAGCAUUUUAUAAGUGCAUAAUUAAGAUGCUAUUGUAUCACCCUUAUAAGUAAGUUAAGCAAUGUUAUAAAUGGUAUACAUGAAAUGUUCUGUUAGACCAUUAUAUGUUGCGUAUUUUUAGUUGAUUUUUGCAAACAUAAAUUUGGUAAUCGCAGAUUAGCCGGCGUCAGUAUUAAGCUAAUUAUUUCCUCAGAUUGUUUUUGUCCAUUCCGGCGUAACGAAAGGAAAUGUCUCAUUGCCUUCUGUCUUGUUAAUGGGGGAAAGGAAAUGUACAUUAAACAUUUUCAAAAGUUUGUGACAAAGCAAAAAAAAAAUGGUGACAAUUAAGUUUGUCAAAGCAACAAUAAUAUUAACGAGAAAAAUUUAAUAAAAGUGUUUUUACUUGAUUUGUUUCACCUACUCAUAAAUCCUUGCCCGUGACGGUCCACCUCUGCUAUCCUUCUUCGUUGUACGUGGGGUGCGCGAUGUCCCAGUUGGGAAGGAUACUUUUUCUGCAUUAGUGAGC